UUCGUAUGUUUGGAAUUUACGUCCUGUGUCGGCUGCCGUAGCUACCGGAGGAAGAAUGGCCGGCUGGAUGUGGUUUCGCUGCUUUUUGGGGCCUCAUCUCCAGAGAGUGCACCGUUCACAGGGGGAGUCCCGACCCGAAGGAAGAGCAGGGAGGAGGGGAUGGACUUAUCAACCCAAGAGCCUGGAGAAACACACUGACAGCAUCCUCGGAUGGGCAUCAGCUUUGUGGUCUCUGUCAUACUACAGCUCCCCUCUCGUCCUCUGCUACCUUUACAGAAAAGGGUACAUCUGCAGCAGUAAGCUGGUCCCAGUCAGUCAGUAUGUGGGAACAGUAAUGGUUUGUCUGCUGGGAGUCGCCUGUCUGAGAGGUUGGGGACGGUGGAGGAACUCAGAGUAUCAACAGUUCAUCUCCAUUCUGGAGGAAACCAGGAAGAACCACACGCCUAGCAACAAGAAAAAACUGGCCUGCUAUGAUUUUGACUUCUCUCACUGGCCGGCAGACUUUAGCUGGGAAGAAGUUAGCAAUCCGAAGCUGCUGUCUAAGACAGGAGUGUCUCUACUGAAGCCAGAGCCCAAACUAAGAGGGGCAGCAGACAGCGUGCUCAACUCUUUACGCACUCUACCAUGCCACAUUGUCAGUUUUCUGAUUGCCCACUCAUUUGGGAGGAGGAUGCUGUACCCUGGGUCUGUACUCCUACUGCAAAGGGCUAUGAGACCCAUGCUACAACAGGGCCAGGCUAGACUUAUAGAAGAGUGUGAGGGCCAGAGGAACAAGCUGGUGGCGUGUGAUGGGAAUGAGAUUGAUACCAUGUUUGUGGACCGCAGGAGAGACGAAGGACAGCACGGACAGACUCUGGUGAUCUGCUGUGAGGGGAACGCAGGCUUCUAUGAGGUGGGCUGUAUGAACACUCCAUUGGAAGGUGGAUACUCAGUGCUUGGCUGGAACCACCCUGGCUUUGCAGGAAGCACGGGCGUACCGUUCCCCCAGAAUGAGGCCAAUGCCAUGGAUGUAGUGAUCCAGUUUGCAGUUCACAAGCUGGGCUUCCAGCUCAGUGACAUAGUGGUGUAUGCCUGGUCCAUAGGGGGAUUCACAGCCAGUUGGGCGGUGAUGUCCUAUCCAGAGAUCCAAGCGCUGGUGUUGGAUGCCUCCUUUGAUGACCUGCUGCCUCUGGCCCUCAAGGUCAUGCCCGACAGCUGGAGGCCGCUGGUGACACACACAGUCAGGCAGUAUAUGAACCUCAACAGCGCAGAUCAGCUCUGCAAGUACCAGGGACCAGUGCUUCUGAUCAGAAGAACCAAAGAUGAGAUCAUUACCACCACGGGUCCAGAAGACAUCAUGUCCAACAGAGGAAACAACCUCCUGCUCAAACUUCUGCAGUUCAGGUACCCCAAGGUGAUGACAGACGAUGGAGUCAGGGCCAUCAGAGCAUGGCUGGCAGCCUCCAACCCCGUAGAAGAGGCAGCGGUGUACAGUAGCUAUGAGGUGGAUGAUGACUGGUGUGUGUCUGUACUGCAGUCGUAUAAGACAGAGAGAGAUGUUUUCUUCCCCUGGAGCGUUGGUGAGGACAUGACACUGGAGGGAAGACGGCAACUGGCUCUUUUCCUGGCACGGAAGUACAUGCGGAACUUCGACUCAACUCACUGCACUCCUCUCCCAUACUCUGAAUUCACUGCCCCUUGGAGACUGUAGAAAGAGGGUUGAAGGAUGGAUAGAAACGAGAAGCAAAGAGCCUGGCGAGACCAACCAAUCAGAGGUUUACAGAGCAUGUGUUAUAUGUAUCUAUGGGAGGUGUUAAAGGCAGCUUGACCCAGUCGGUAUUAGAACGUUGCGACCCUGCCCACUUGUGGGGAAAACAACCUGUGGUUACCCCAUAGCAAAAACUUGGCAUUUGUCUACUUGUUUUAAUCAAUUACAAAAUGAAAUGUAAGAAAUGUACAUGGCUAAAGAUUACUGCUCCAUGGCGUUCUCACUACUUAGAAAAAUGUAAUAUUGCCUCAUGCCCCUUUUUUAUGAAGAUGCUAGCGGCCGACCGGAACAUCAAGCUAGUCAAGACCAACGUUAUACAGCUACAAGUAGUGAGUGGAGUUAAACGAACUAUACUAAACAAGUUAAGUCUUACCUGUGAUAGCGCUUUCCCCACACAUGGCCUGCUUUCCCCACGCCAAAUAGCCUGAAGCCACAGGGCUCUUCCUUAACGUGGGAGCAUUGCGAACAGUAGGUUGUGAUUUUUGACCUUUCUACAUGUACAUUGAACACAGCAGCUUUUUAGCAUGUUUUAUUUCUGUACAAAAAUAAACUAAGUUGGCUCUUUUACAAUGGGGUGAAUGGUAAAGAAUUGUUGUUUUCACAAUGUGGGCGUGGUCUAAGGGAAUUCCUUAUCGUCUGAGUAUAAUACCUUGACUAUACCGCUCGCGUCGCAAAAUACAUUUAGAAAGCUAUAUUAUUCAAUUAUUGCACCCACACUGCUCGCACGUGUCAACGAGCGUUUGUGUUGCCGAGAGGUAAAAUAAAGUUACAGGACCCAACCCGGCUGCGCACGUGCGCCAUCGUGCAUAAAUGUAUUAUUAUUUUUUAAGCCUGGAAGGAGGAGAGACGACUAGAAACGAUUCGGUUGAGCGUUUUGUGUGUGGAUUAAUUGUCGAGGUAGAGAACCUUGUGCAUUUCAGGUAGAAUAACGUUUAUGAAUUGCCAUAAAUGUUAUGCUUUUCGACCUGUCCCCAAAUUAAUGUAAUUGGUUCAGUUUGUUUUGAUAUUUUAACCUGAAUGUCGUGAUCGCGUUUGGUGUGGGGGGACAAAAUACAUUUAUGCACGUUGAUGCACGCAUGCAGCCGGUUUGGGUUCCGUGUUGUAUUGGCUUUGUUCAUAUUUAUAAACUGGGUGGUUCCAGCCCUGAAUGCUGAUCGGCUGACAGCUAUGGUAUAUCAGACCGUAUACCACAACAUUUAUUUGUACUGCUCUAAUUACGUUGAUAAUGGCAAAUCGGGGGGUUGUGAUAUGGCCAAUAUACCACAGCUAAGGGCUGUAUCCCGGAACUCCGCGUUGCAUCAUACAUGAGAACGGUAUAUUGACCGUAUACCACACCCCCCUCGGGCCUUAUUGCUUAAAUAUACACUGCCGUCCUCAAGAAGCAUCUGGUACUAUGAGAACUAGAUAUUUAAAAUACUUCCUUCCAUGAAAUAACCAUUUAGCUCUAGGUAAUUCAUUAUUUUUUUAAGUAUCCUAUUGCCUUUGACUACUACAAGGAAGGAAAGAUGCAUCCUAAAGGAAUGAGGUCUUCUCUCCCUCUGGCUGCAUUUAAAAAAAACUGAAGCAGUUAUUCCAAAUAAAUUGGCUUUGAGCCUCAGAUUUAGCCUAGACACAAAGCUCUACUUUGUACAGAUAUAGCCAGGCCAUCCUCACUUUCUGAAGCGCUACCUUUUUUUUUUUGCGGACACUCAUUAUGAACAAAGCUGUAUCCUGAUAAUGCUCUUAAUGUUAAAUAAAAUGUUGACAUUUUAUUUAUGAAA